AUGAAUGGAGCUAUUGAAGCUGCAAACAAGAAUAUCAAGAAGAUUUUAAGGAAGAUAGUGGAUAGUUACAGAAAAUGGCACAAGAAGUUACCAUAUGCUCUGCUUGGUUAUCGUACCACAAAUAGAACUUCCACAGGGGCAACUCCUUAUAUGUUGGUUUAUGGUUCAGAAGCAGUAAUACCUGCUGAAUUAGAAAUACCAUCUUUGAGGAUUAUUCAAGAGGUCAGUUUAGAUGAUGCAGAAUGUAUUCGCAGUAGGAUUGAACAAUUGAUGCUCCUUGAUGAGAAAAGAAUGGACAUAGUUUGUCAUGGUCAACUUUAUCAAAACAGAAUGGCCAAAGCAUUCAACAAGAAAGUCAAACCUCGACAGUUCACACUAGGACAAUUAGUAUUGAAGAAGAUAUUUUCUCACCAAGGAGAAGCUAAAGGGAAAUUUGCACCAAAAUGGCAAGGUCCUUACAUGGUUUAUAGAGUAUUAUUUGGAGGAGCAGUAAUCUUGGCAGAAAUGGAUGGUACAGUGAGCAUGAAGCCAAUCAACUCAGACUCCAUCAAGAAGUACUACAUUUGA